UGAAGCCCUGCAAACUGAAGCUUAUUCCUUGUAACACAGGUAUCAGUGUCAUUUGAGGAUAUGACUGUGGACUUCAGCAGGGAGGAGUGGCAGCACUUGGACCCUGCUCAGAGAUGCCUGUACUGGGAUAUGACACUAGAGAACUACAGCCACCUGCUCUCAGUGGGGUACCAAGUCCCCAAGUCAGAGGCCACCUUCAAGUUGGAGCAAAGAGAGGGGCCAUGGACGCUGGAGGGGGAAGCCCCACAUAAGAGCUAUUCAGGACUGCCGCAGUUUUCCAAGGGCCUGCUCCAGUGCCUUGUCACCUCGGAUUUUCCGGUAUCUGGAAGUAUCAUCAGUGAAGGCUGCAAAACAGCAAAGAUGGUGGCCUGCCCCUCCGUCUGGGAGGUCUGUCUCAGGGAGGUACCAACCUGCUGCCAGCCCAAAUGCACCUGUAGGAGGUGGCUGGAGACCCUGAUUGGGAGGUCCCACUCAGUGAGGAGGAACAGGAUUUGGGACCCACUUAAAAAAACAGGCUGGCCACGUUUUUGUAGAGCAGCUGUGCUGUGCUGGGGGUCCACUUCAGCACCUGGUUGCCUCAGACACCCCAAAACCUGAAGGCUGGAACAGCUAAGUCACCCAAACAGCAAAGAUGGCGGCU